AUGUCCGAGAACUACGAGUCUUAUCGCUACCGUCGCAACGAGAGAUCGAGACGGCGACGCAGGUCGUGCAAGAGGUCUCCAGAGCGCCAGUAUGCCUGCCCUGACCCAGAACAACCGCCAGCCAGUGGCCCUCCUCCCGCUUCUCGACCAGCCCAGCCACCUCAGCAGCCGCCCAUUCUCCUUUCACAUAUUCAUCCAGUCACUCUCGAAGAGAAUAUCCAAGGGGGAAAGGGCGUCUAUGCCUCUGUCAGCGUGCUGGAACCCGUGAUGCGGAUUGAGCGAUCUGGCACCUACAAUUGUGGAGAUCCCAGCGCAAGACCUGUCUAUCGAAUCAUUGUCAGUUUCAAGCUGCAGUUCAACAUCAAUCGAUCGACCGGAGAACUCCAACGGCACAACCGCAUCUUCGACUCGGUCAACGUUCGCUAUCUCUACCGCAGCGGCGAGCGCCAUGACGUUCUGCCCAAGGGCGAUGAUGUUGUUUCGGACAUCGCCAUGCGCAAUGAAAGCGGCGUAUCAACCGACUUGACAGCCGGAGUCACCGCCACAGGUGUCGGACACCCCCUCCCAGCUUUCACGGCCCAUGCUCAGCAUGCCAGCAAGGUCACCUACGAGCGCAAGCUUCGGAGCUGGCGCAAGUCCCUCACCUACGAAACUUACCCCCAGCCUCGAUCCGACUGUCGCGACUCCUACCGGCCAACUAUAACCUCGCUGCUCGGCCUCCCGUUUGCCUGCCCAGUUCCAGAACCAUCCGAGUCCUCAUUUCGCGUCUCAUCUUCCCACGUCAGCGGCUGUUCCUGUCGAAGGCAUCGCGAGUGCCGACACCGCAGUUCUCUGACAUGGCCCUACAACCGAGCAGCCCACUGGUCAGGACAGACAGAAGCCCAAUUACACUUGUGGACACCAGAGAUUUACGAGAACAUGACCUGUCCGGUCACCGUCAAUCGGGAAGUCGACGCGGCUUUGAUUGAUAGUAUCUUGAAAGUUAACAAGAAGGGCUGGAGUAAUGAGGAUGGACUUAGGGAACUCAGAAGAUACCUUCACUUUGAUUUCGAUGUUGAAGUCCGCUUGAGAGAGAUAGGUUGGGGCUUCAUGGGAAUGUUCCGAUCGACAUCACAGCCGCCUGAGAUCAGAGCACGGAACGACUCUGGGAAACCGCUCUGCCCUGACAGGACCGAGUUUUGCGUCUCUUGCUGCACAAGCAAGAUCGUCUGGCCCAAGUACGAGACAAGAGAUUUGCAGAGUGAAGCGGAGGACCAGAUUGCAAAGUACGGCUUCAUCCGGCGCCUCCAGUCCCCUCAAGAGUAUCAAGCCUCCCUUGAAGCGGGCGGUGCACCGACAGUGAGCGCCGGUUCCAGCACCGCCGUUGGAGUCGGAGUAGGUAUCGGAGCAGGUGUAGCACCACCUCCGCAACCUACACCCCAAGCUCAGCCCACGAGGCAGGUGGCACAGCCGCCGCCAACAAACUCUAGGGAAAGACCACCUCCCCCAGCACCAGAAGAGGAAGACCGUUUUUCUUCCGUUCCCACUAGUAACAAUGACCAGUCUAACUCGCCAUCGUCCUACAGAAGAGUUAUGUUCUCGCCUGACUACAUGGACCCGAAGCGUAUCUACCAUCGCCGGCACGAGCAAGAAGACGAGGAGAAACAGGGAGAGGAAUGCGGAGAGAGCCAAACCAGCGGGUGUACGACGUGUACGAGUACGGAAGUGGCAUUUUGCCGAUCGAAGCUACGAGAGAGGAGAGGGAGGAGGAGAUCGAGGUUGUCGAGUACGACUGGGGUGACGGAGAAGAGCAGAAACUCGGAGCCGAAGGAGCUGGAUACACCUAUGGAUGUUGAUACUCCGGAAAAUGUCAAGGAGAUCCGUAUUGUCCUGGGCCGGGAGGACAGCAAGCGGACAGGGAGCACACACCAGGUUGCUGGGCUGGAACCUGGAGCCUCGAGAACCAGAGAAAGAAUUUACAGGGAAACAAUGUCAAUUUCUGAGUGUAGUUCUAGCUUUUGUGUCGGAGGUUCAAGUGGUGUAGGUGGAGACGGCAUUGAGUCAGCGGUAAUGACAGAGAGCCGUGAUCGGUUGCUGGCGAGCAUCAUGUCGGAGGCGGGUGGGUACGGGAGUUUCUUGUUCGCACUGAGCAAUUAUGAUAGUUCGGACGACGAGGGAUUGUCGGGAUGGGUUACUGUUGAUGCUAAAGUAUGUGAGUGUUAA